CCACGAGCACGGGACACCGAGGAGAGGAGGAAAAAGAGGAAGAGGAGGAGCAGGAGGAGGAAGGCACUAUGGCUCCGGGCUGGGAUGUGACCUCCCUCCCCUGCUCCCGGUGCAGCAUCGCCGGGAGGAGCCGCCGUGUGCCCGUGCCCAGCUCUGGCGGUGCCAUGAAGACAGAGAAGGACGAGGCUGUGGCCACCUUCUUCCUGCGGGGGAAAUUCGGCACAGAGGGGGCAGGCUGCAGUGACCCAGCCCUGCGCAGUGCCCCGAUGCCGGGGAGCGCAGGGACCCCGACCCCGGAGCUGCGGCCGCUGAAGCGCAGACCUGUCCCAGGGAAACACUACCAGUGCUCGAGCUACGGCUGCAAGCUGGCCUUCCCCAGCAUGCAGGAGCUGGUGGACCACCUGAAGGUCCACUACAGACCCACGCAGUCCCUCGAGGGCAAAACCUUCCACUGCCCCACGCUGGGCUGCACCGAGACCUUCCCCAGCAUGCAGGACCUCAUGGUCCACAUGAAGGUGCACUACAAACCAAACCGCUACUUCAAGUGUGAGAACUGCCUGCUGCGCUUCCGCACGCACCGCUCCCUCUUCAAGCACCUGCACGUCUGCUCCGACAGCGCCAGCGGCCCCGCGCCGCCCCCCAAGCCCGACAAGCCCGUCCUGCCUCCCGCUACCUCUGCCCCGGAGAAGGAGCCCCCGGCCAAGCCGCCCGAGGGGCUGCCCAAGCUCCCGAGCGCUCUGCGGCCCCUGGAGAAAGAAGCGGCGGACUCUGCCCCGGGCGCGCUGCCCGCGGCGCUGCCCGGCUCGCUGGAGCCGCUGGUGCCGCCGGGCCCGCACCCCUUCCCGCUGCUGGAGCCCGGCCUGUUCGGGCCCUCGUCCUUGACUCGCUUCUCGGGGCCACCCCCGUCCUCGGUGCCGGGGCCGUUCCUGUCCUACGUGCCCCCCUCGCCCUACGGGCUGGCGCAGCCCCCGGCUCAGCACCGCCUGCGGCCCUUCCUGCCGGGCCACGGCCCCCCCAGCGUCUCCAACGCCGUCUGGAAGAAAAGCCAAGGUUUGAGUGUCAGCCCACUCCUCCCAUGCUUUGGCUCAGGAGUGACUCCAGGGCACUCCUCCAACAGCCGCAUCGUCUGGGAGCACACGCGGGGCCGCUACAGCUGCACGCAGUGCCCCUUCUCCACCGCCUCCCGCGAGGACAUGACCCUGCACAUCGAGGACCACCGCAAGAACCCCCCGCCCGGGCGCCUGGAGGCUGACAUGGAUUUCGGGGUGGGCCUCGCCCCGUUCCACGCCAAGCUGCCGCCGGAGAUGGAGAACUCCCUGUACUCCCAGCUUUGAUGGCCACGGGACUCUCCUGCACCUCCCCUCCCUCCCCUGAGCCGGGCAGGGGGCACAGCACAGCCCCUGGCCCUGUGCUGGGACAGGCAGCCCUCCCUGGGGACAGGAGCACCCCCAGCCCAGCCCGGGGUGCCAGAGGGGCCCGUGUUUCCCCUGGAAUUUCUCCCCUUCUAUUUUAUUUUCGGGAACUCUCCAGCACCCGGCACCGCUGUAUCUCCCUCCCCUAAAGGUUUUGUUGCUUCAGCCCCGGGGGCUCUGCGGGGAGCCCAGUAGGUUCUCAGGAGUUAGUGGACUUCUCUGGAAUGAGAUCUCAGAAUAAUAAAUGGGAAUUGUACAGGA